CACUGCUCGGAAAUAUAUAUAUAUAUACCGUGUGCGAUGCGAGGGCGAAGCCACUGCGACCGCGACGUCGUCGUACGCAAACGCAACGGCUGCAUAUCCAUCGAACGUCUCACUCCCACGCAAACGCAAAGCGGUCAACAUGCAGAGCCAGAGGGAGAGGCCCCGCGAAGACCGCGUCCACGAAGAAACCCGAGGCGCAGACCACGCCCAUCCAUCCGUUCCGCACGCGGCGGCGGCGGCGUCGGCGACGGCGACGGAGACGGCGACGCGAACCAUGUCCCUCCACGCCGGCGGCGUCGUCGUCGUCGACGGGAAGGAGAAGGGGAAGAAGGAGGAGGGGGAGGGGAAGCGGAAGGGGAAGGCCCCAGCUACGGCGGAGGCGGUCCGCGGGCGCGCGCGGCUGCGCGGGGAGCAGCUGCGCCAGCUGCACGAGAUCUUCCUCCGGUUCGACCUCGACGGCGACGGGAGCCUCACCAAGCUGGAGCUCGCCGCGCUCCUCCGCUCUCUCGGCCUCCGCCCGGCCGCGGGGGACGAGAUCCACGCCCUCAUCGCCGCCAUCGACGCCGACGGCAACGGCACCGUCGAGUUCGACGAGCUCGCCUCCUCCCUCGCCGACCUCAUCCUCGGCCCGUGCCGCCCCUCCGUCGCCGUCGACCAGGCGGAGCUCGCCGAGGCCUUCAGGGCCUUCGACCGCGACGGCAACGGCUUCAUCUCCGCCGCCGAGCUCGCGCGCUCCAUGGCGCGGAUGGGCCACCCCAUCUGCUACGCCGAACUCACCGACAUGAUGCGCGAGGCCGACACCGACGGCGACGGCCUCAUCAGCUUCGAGGAGUUCACCGCCAUCAUGGCCAAGUCCGCCCUCGAUUUCCUCGGCCUCGCCGCCUUGUGAGCGACAUGGACAUGGAUCGAUGCUUCAUCUCCUUCUUCCUCUGGUUAGCUUUGGACUUCUUCUCCGUUCCUGCAUUUGUUCGUUUUCUUCUCUCUUUUUUUUAAUCCCUGGCAAAUAUACGCUUAUUUGAUUGAAUUGAUUGUAUCAUUAUGUGUUGCUGUAAAUAUUGUGCAAUGUUAUCUAGUGAAAAAUCUCAAUUGUUAUCCAGGAACAACAUAGAUGAUCGGGAAAUGCCUGACCAAAUUAUGAAAUAAAAAACCGGUAAUGCUUGAUCCAUAUUAUUAUGGAGUUACCGUGCUUAUCAGUAUUUGAAA